AUGCGCCCCCCCAUGCGAAACCGUCUUUUCCGCAGGAGAGACAGGGGCUCCGCCAGGAAAGCCGGCAAGAGGCCGCUGUGCUGCAAGUUGUUAGAGAAAGGGCAGUAUCGUCCCGUUUGCCGUCCUGCUUCACCCCCCUUUCCCCAAGCAGCCCCGGCUGGAGUCUACCAGACGAGAAAAGCUGAAGAGUAUCUACGGCUGUCCCAGGUGAAAUGCACAGGACUGAUGGCUCAAAUGACAGCGACAAGCAGUGCCGUGAUGUGCCUGGACCUAGCUGCUAGUUUCAUGAAACAACCGGUGGACAAAAGCUAUUUUGUUAAACUCUCCGGUUUGAACAAGACAACUUACCAGAGCUCCGUGAAGUCUUUGGAGUGUUUGCUAGGGCUGAACUCCAGACUGGGAAUGCGAGACUUAGCUGUGCAGUUCUGUUGCAUGGAGGCAGUGAGCACCGCUUCAAGAAUACUACAGAGGUAUGAAUCUAGCCUCUCUGAAGCACAGCAAAUGGACCUUGAUUUCUCAAAGCCGCUGUUUACAACAGCUGCACUAUUCACUGCAUGCAGACAGUUGAAGCUAAAAGUAGACAAGUCUAAAAUGGUGACUACAUCUGGGGUGAAGAAAGCAAUAUUUGAGCGGCUGUGCAAUCAGCUGGAGAAGAUAAGUCAGCAACUCACCAAAGAUGAUGUUCCUUUGGCUACUGAGACACCUGAAAGCCUGCAGACCAACCUGGAGCACUGUGAGAAGGAAGAUGAAUCUGAAGAUGAUGAUGAUGAGAUGCCAUGUAAACGGCCAAAGACUGAAACAAAGCAAGACUAUGAAGAAUGGAAAAAGAGAAUCCUGGAAAAUGCUGCUAAGGCAGAAAAGACAAAUAGGAGUAGUGCCUCUGAAGUGCCAUCUAGCAAUACCACUGCUGCUUGCUCCUAAUAUUAACUCCCCUUGCAUUCUAACAAGACUUCUAGUAGCAUGUGGAGCAAUGGCUAGCUGGUAGCCAGCUAGUUUUAUUUAUGAGAUAGUUUUUAAAUAUUUAAGAAUAUUGUUUUUAAUAAAUGACACCAGAAUUGCAGUGAUUUUGCAAGAAUAAGCAUGUCUGAACACUGGCCAGGCUGGUACCUGAGCAGCUAUGGCAUUAGGGAGUAGAAUAGCUUCAUUUCUCUCACUGCAAGGAGGUAACCUUUUAAUGUAAUGUUAAGUGUGAAUAAAUUAUAAAUUAAUUGC